AUGAACAACAACCAGUUUCGUAAGCUGGUGCUGGACAAGCCGGCUCGUAACGAUGACGGGUCGCCUUCCGCAAGCAGUGGUGCAACUCCAUCAUCGUUCGGCGGGAAGCGUUCAAGCUUCAUGACGCCGCGAACGAUACAAGGAGGUGGUGGCGUGGACUUUGCACGGCAAGUACGAGAACGGAAUGCUGCGCUGCAGCCCACGAAGAAGUUCAGAUCGAGUGCUCCCAAGGGCGCGAAAUUGGGCAAAGCCUACACAGAUCGAGCACGAGCUCGUGAAGAAGCAGACGACGUCGAGGAUGACAAAGCGUCUCGUAUCCAGGCUCUGGAAGAGCAGAUGAAGCUAGAACAGAUAUCGAAGGAGACCUUUGAGCAGUUGCGUGACCAGAUCGCUGGUGGAGAUGUCUCGAGCACACAUCUGGUUAAAGGCUUGGACAGACGGCUGCUGGAACGGGUACGGCGUGGUGAGGAUGUACUGGGCGUGAAUGGAGGUGAGAGCGCCGUCGAGCCUUCACCUGAUGUGGACGAGGAGCUAGACAAGCUGGGCGAGAAGGAAGUGGAAGCUGUCAAGAAGGAGCAGGCUGAGAAGAAAGGUUCCAUGGCACCUCCAUCACAAGUCGCGGGCAAGAAGCGGAGUAGAGACGAGAUCAUGGCAGAGCUCAAGGCGCAAAGGCAGGCUACUAUGCAAGCUAAAGCCGGCCCUAUGCUUGACAGUCGCUGGCGUAAAGUGAGUGAGCAGCAGAAAAGCAGGAUCGAAAUCGAUCACAAGGGCAGGGAGGUAUUGAUCACAGUGGAUGAAGAUGGGGUGGUUAAGCGGAAAGUACGAAAAAUGCCGACCCAGACAGAAGCGGAGGCAGAGGCAGACCGGAUCGAGAUGCCUGAUGCUAGCAAGCCAAUACUUGGAGCAGAUACGGCAAUACCGGCAUCUUUACAGGUCACUGCGCCGGUCGAAGACGAAGACGAUGACAUUUUCGAAGGCGCGGGUGUAGAGUACAAUCCUCUUGGUGACGAUGCUGAUGGAGAUGAAGAGGACGACGACUCGGAAGCAGAUCAGCCGCAGCCAACAACGCAAAUCCGGAAAGAGCUUUCAGAAGCAGCGCAGCCGCAUACACGAGAAGAAGAUGAAGCAAGCGAUGAAGAGGAUUCAGACGAAGAUGUACCUUCUACCGCAACGACCGCAGCACCGGCUCGACGCAACUACUUCGGCGAUACCUUGAAUGCGGACGACAAGCCCUCAGAUCACUUCGCAGGCAUACGGAACGUCCUCAAGAAAGCGGCUCAGCUCGACUCAACCAACCGUGGAGCAGGGGAAGACGAUGAACGCGACGGCGAAAGCGAAGAAGCAUGGCAAGCUCGUCUCAAACGUCGUGCACAAAUGUUGGCCAACCAAGACCGUGAUCUCGAGGACAUGGACAUGGGCUUCGGCGGCAGCAGACUCGAAGACGAGGUUGAUGGCGACGAGGACAGUUCGAAGAAGAUCCGUCUAUCCGAGUGGAAAGGUGGCAAAGUUGGCGAGGAAGACGGUGAUGAUGGCAAAGCCGGCGAUAGUGAGAAAAGGGAGAAGAAGAAGCGAAAGCCGAAGAAGAGGAAGGGCGACGUCAAUAAUGCUGCUGAUAUUAUGAGAGUGAUUGAAGGGAGAAAAGGUGGGGCGAAGUGA